CACCAUGAGCCUUUUAGUUUUGGGAACUUUCAACGGAUUCUGAUGUUUUUAGUAAGUGGUUGCUAGUUUGAAAGUGGUUGCUAGUUUAAAAACUAGCUUUCAGAAGAUGGCUGCAUUGUCUUAUGGAAAACGCAUGCUGAAAGCAGGAUUGAAGAAGAAUGACCCUAGAAAGAUAGUGACUCAGAUCCAUUUGACUUAAAUGAGUCAUCUUUGGUGGAAGACUCAUAUAGCGAUAGUCUCUCCUCUGUAGUUCCUCUUUCUGAACUGAACGCACUGUCUUGGAAGGAAUGUGAUGCUGAAAGGCCCAUUUCAUCACUGGCAGCAGUCAAAGAGGACACUAGAAUUGCCAACAUGCCCCUAGUAUCGUCAAUGACAGUCCAAGAGGACACCAGUAAUGCUGAGAUACCCAGAGUGUCAUCCAUGAUUGUCCAAGAGAACACCAUGAAUGUGGAAAUGUCCAGAGUGUCACCCUUGACUGUCCAAGAGGACAUCAGUAAUGCCAAAAUGCCCAGAGGGUCAUCCCUGACUGUCCAAGAGGACACAAGUAAUGUUAAGAUGUCCAGAUUGUCAUCCUUGACUGUCCAAGAGGACACCAGUUAUGCCGAAAUGCCAAAAGGAUCCUCCUUGACUGUUCAAGAGGACAUCAGAAUUGCCAACAUGCCCCUAGUAUCGUCAAUGACAGUCCAAGAGGACACCAGUAAUGCUGAGAUACCCAGAGUGUCAUCCAUGAUUGUCCAAGAGAACACCGUGAAUGCGGAAAUGUCCAGAGUGUCACCCUUGACUGUCCAAGAGGACAUCAGUAAUGCCAAAAUGUCCAGAGGGUCAUCCCUGACUGUCCAAGAGGACACAAGUAAUGUUAAGAUGCCCAGAGUGUCAUCAUUGACAGUACAAGAGGACACCAGUUAUGCCGAAAUGCCAAAAGGAUACUCCUUGACUGUUCAAGAGGACACCAGUUAUGCCGAAAUGCCAAAAGGAUCAUCCUUGACUGUUCAAGAGGACACAAGUUAUGCUAAGAUGUCCAGAUUGUCAUCCAUGACUGUCCAAGAGGACACCAGUUAUGCCGAAAUGCCAAGAGGGUCAUCCUUGACUGUCGAGGACACCAGUUAUGCCGAAAUGCCCAGAGGGUCAUCCUUGAUUGUCCAAGAGGACACCAGUUAUGCAGAAAUGCCCAGAGUGUCAUCAUUGACAGUACAAGAGGACACCAGUUAUGCCAAAAUGCCAAGAUGGUCAUCCUUGACCGUCCAAGAGGACACCAGUAAUACUGAGAUGCCCAGAGUGUCUUCCAUGAUUGUUCAAGAGGACUCCAGUAAUGCCGAAAUGCCAAAUGGGUCAUCCUUGACUGUUCAAGAGGACACCAGAAAUGCAAAGAUGUCCAGAUUGUCAUCCAUGACUGUCCAAGAGGACACCAGUAAUGCCGAAAUGCCAAGAGUGUCUUCCUUGACUGUCCAAGAGGACACCCAAGAGGACACCAGUAAUGCCGAAAUGCCAUUGAAAGGUGACAUGCUAUUGACAGGUGACACAAAUAGCUGUAAAUCAGAAAAUGCAUCACAGAAGAAAACCAAUGUGUACAAGAAACCUGACAGGUACUGUGUGUACUGUAGGCAAGUUAUCCACAAUGGCAAACUGAAGAGGCAUAUAAUGAGGAAACACAAAUCAGAACCCGAAGUUGCGGAAGUUUUGAAAAAAAGUACCAUGCAACAAAACAUUUUCUUUGACAGAAAGCGCAAGGAUGGAAUAUAUGAAUAUAACGUACUUUUAAUCUCAGACAACAGAGAUCCAUUGAUGAGAGAAAGACAGCCAAACCAAAAGGAUCAAUUGCGUGUUUGUGCUUCAUGCAAAAGUUUUGUGUCCAGUAGGUUUUUUUACAAGCAUAAAUGUAUUGUCUCUCAGCCUGAUCCAGUCAAACCCAGAUUACUACAGAAAGCAAAAACCAGAAUGGAUGAUGAUAAACAGUUCAGGGAAAUAUUGAACAGUUUUCGUGAUGGCCAAGUUGGUGAGUUAUGCAGGUCAGAUCCAAUGAUAAAGCUGAUAGGUUUCAGGCACUUCAAUUUAAGAAGACAUGAAACAGGAAAAGAAAAUGAAGUGAAAAGGGUAGUUAUGGCAGAAAUGAGAGAAUUAGCUCGACUUUACUUAACAUUUUGUGACAUAAGUGGUGAAUCAGAAACAAAUUCUGUGGAAACAAUGUUUAAUAGAAGUCAUUUACAAGAUCUCUAUGAUGCUAUUGACCAACAGGUUUCUAUUGUUGAUGACCACACUGAAAGGAAAGAGAAACAUGGACAAAAACUAUUCUUGAAUGCAAUUAUUCUAAGAUCUAUCAAAGCAUUGCAUGGGCAUUUUGCGGAAACAAUGCAAGACGCAAAGGCUAAAGAACUGAAAAUUUUCAAGGAUGCAUACAAAUUCAAGUCAUGUGAGUUAUUCUCAGGUGCACGGCAAAUGUGUGUUAAGAAUAGCAUGGAGAAAUUGAGAAAACCUGAAAAUCUUCCAAAGGAGACUGAUAUACAGAUACUGAAACGCUAUAUAAGUGAAGAAAUUUCUGAAAAUGUUUCCAAUUUUACCAUGGAAAGAUAUACAUGGCUUAGAACUUUGAUUGUAGCAAGACUGACGCUGUUUAAUGCAAGGCGAGGUGAAGAGGCAUCUAGAAUGUUGAGAGCAGAGUGGGAAGAUGCUGAGCAAAAUGUCUGGGUUCCGCAGGAGCAGGUAGAAAAUGUGGAAGAUGCGGCCGAAAAGUUCCUGGUCGGACAGUUUAAACUUGUUUACCUUAAAGGGAAAGGUAAAAAGUUUGUUCCAGUUCUCGUUCCAAAAGAUUUGGUUCCAGGAAUAAGACUUCUUAUCCAAUAUAGAACCUUGUAUGGUAUCUCUGCAGAAAACCCAUUUUUAUUUGCAACAAAAUCUGGGAAGUCACAUUGUUCCGGUUGGCAUGCUCUAAAAAAUGUGUGCAGUAGAGCAGAUGUCAGUAUGACCAUAAAUGCAGGCAAAAUGAGACAUAGACUGUCCACUAUAUAUGCAAGUCUACACAUGCUACCACAAAACCAGGAAAUAUUUUUGGAUCAUAUGGGACAUGAGAAGGAAAUUAAUAAAGACAACUAUCAGUGCCCAGCUGGAAUUAGGACUCUGCGUGUAAUGGGACGCAUGCUGACUGAUGCAGAUGAAGGAAAGGAUAUGUCAGUUUCUAAAGAGGUUUCUAAGAAGGUGGAAGAAGAGGCCAGUGAAGAAUUGGAUGAUAUGGAAUCAUCACAGGGUCCAGAAAUUGAUAUGGAUGAUGAAAUUCUAGAGUCAAAAGAGAAGAACAACCCAAAGACUGUGAAAUGGUCAAAGGAAGAUACAGCCAAUUUGAAAUCCUUUUUCAGGAAGUACAUAUUGACUCAGAAAGACCAUAACACAGGCAAUCUACCAUGUAAGAAAGAAAUUGAAGACUUCCUGCAGACAAAUAACAUCUCAUCAUUAGAUGGUCUUCAUAUGAAGACAAAAAUUUCUAAAGCUAGAACAAAGAUUUUUAAUGAGAGAAAAACGGCGAGGCUAAGAACUUCCAAAAAACUCGCAGAGUUGGAGUUGGUGGCUGUAUGAACAAUUUAGAAAUGAACAUGUCUUGUGAAUUUCUAUAGUCUGUCCCAAGAUAUUUUUGCCGCAUAUUUUCUUAAAUUACUCAAUAUUUAUAAAUACCUCUUGGUUCAAACGAUGUUCAUUUAAUAGUAUGGAAAAAUUCCAAGAUUUCCUCUUUGAAACGCCCCCUCUAGCUUGUCGGGUAUCAGUACACUGCUAAAAAUAAAAAGUCUACGAGGUUUUUCCAUUGCCAAGGAGAUGAAGACGCCCGGAUGAUAACGUUGAAAAAUUGCGCGAGGUGUCCCGAGUACUUCCGAAUAGAGAAAAGAUGUCAACAUUCCCCAUUAUAAAUCUCCGUAGGAAAUCUGUUUUCGUUCCUGUGAAUUUUUACGAGGGAAAAAUGAUAAUGUAUGAAUGAAAUUAUCUUGGGAAUUUUCCCUUUCAUCGAUUUUAAUUGCACUUCAGUCACAGGUAUGUGUAUUUUUAUUUAAAAUCGUUCAAAUAUGCAGCAUAAAUAUCUUGGGACAGACUAUAGUCAGAUAUUAGCAAUUAGUACACCUCAUGGGGGAGUGGUCACGAUUUUGGUCAGAUUUUUAUUUUUGUAUUUUUAGCUCACCUGAGCUGAAAGCUCAAGUGAGCUAUUCUGAUCACAUUUUGUCUGUCGUCUGUCCGU